GGAGCUGUCAGCGCAGGCGGGAGCGCGGCGGGGCGCGGGGUGGGCGCGGCCGACCCCGUCCCCGACCCGGCCCGCGACCGCCGACCUCUCGCGCGUGCCCCUCACCUGGCUAGCUAGUCCCCCUUGCCUCGUACCGCGCCCCUUGCUCGCUCCCCUGGUUCUCUCGCUCGCCGGCCGCCGGGCGGGCGGGCGGGCGGGCGCCGGAGACCCUGCCGGUGCUGAGAUUUGGCAAGCGGGCGGUGAGGGCCCGGCUGCGGCCUCCUCGCCAUGUCCUCUGCCUGCGACGCUAGCGGCCACUUCCCUUUACACGUCCUGGUCUGGAACAACGACUACCGGCAGCUGGAGAAGGAGCUGCAGGGCCAGAAUGUGGAGGCUCUGGAUCCGCGAGGUCGAACCUUAUUGCAUCUUGCUGUUUCUUUGGGACAUUUGGAAUCUGCUAGAGUCUUGCUCCGACAUAAAGCAGACGUUACAAAAGAAAAUCGCGAGGGAUGGACAGUUUUGCACGAGGCUGUGAGCACUGGUGAUCCCGAGAUGGUGUACACAGUCCUUCAGCAUCGGGACUUCCACAACACAUCCAUGGCCCUCGAGGGAGUUCCCGAGCUGCUCCAGAAAAUUCUCGAGGCUCCGGAUUUCUAUGUGCAGAUGAAGUGGGAAUUCACCAGCUGGGUGCCCUUGGUUUCCAGAAUAUGCCCGAAUGAUGUCUGUCGCAUUUGGAAAAGUGGUGCCAAACUGCGUGUGGAUAUCACGUUGCUGGGAUUUGAGAACAUGAGCUGGAUAAGAGGGAGGCGGAGUUUUAUCUUUAAGGGAGAAGACAACUGGGCAGAGUUAAUGGAAGUCAACCACGAUGACAAAGUGGUCACCACCGAACACUUUGACCUUUCCCAGGAAAUGGAGCGCCUCACUCUGGACUUGAUGAAGCCAAAAGGCAGGGAGGUUGAGAGGCGGCUCACAAGCCCAGUCAUUAACACCAGCCUUGAUACUAAAAACAUUGCUUUUGAAAGAACUAAAUCCGGAUUCUGGGGCUGGAGGACAGAUAAAGCAGAAGUUGUUAAUGGUUACGAAGCAAAGGUCUAUACAGUGAACAAUGUGAGUGUGAUAACCAAAAUACGGACAGAACAUCUGACUGAGGAAGAAAAAAAGAGAUAUAAAGCGGACAGGAACCCACUGGAGUCUUUGCUGGGGACUGUGGAACACCAAUUUGGUGCUCAAGGGGACCUCACCACAGAGUGUGCCACCGCCAACAACCCCACAGCCAUCACGCCUGAUGAGUACUUCAACGAAGAGUUUGAUCUGAAGGACAGAGACAUCGGAAGGCCGAAAGAGCUGACGAUUAGAACACAAAAGUUUAAAGCAAUGCUGUGGAUGUGUGAGGAGUUUCCUCUGUCUCUCGUGGAGCAGGUCAUCCCCAUCAUUGACCUGAUGGCCCGAACUAGCGCACAUUUUGCCCGACUGAGAGACUUCAUCAAACUGGAAUUCCCACCUGGAUUUCCUGUCAAAAUAGAAAUUCCCUUGUUUCAUGUCUUAAAUGCACGGAUUACAUUUGGAAAUGUUAAUGGCUGUAGCACUGCUGAAGAAACUGUAUCUCAAAAUGUGGAAGGGACCCCAUCUGAUUCAGCUUCCACUCUCACAAACUUUGAGGUUGAUCAAUCUGUGUUUGAAAUUCCUGAAUCUUACCACGUUCAAGACAACGGCAGAAAUGUGUAUUUGCAGGAUGAAGAUUACGAGAUAAUGCAGUUUGCCAUCCAGCAGAGCUUACUGGAGUCCAGAAGAAGCCAGGAGCUUUCAGGACCAGCUUCUAGUGGAGGGACUGGCCAGGCACAUACCUGUGACGCCCAGGAUGAGAGGGCUGUCCAGGAGAGCCUCCCCUCCGACUCUGAAGGCCUGUGCCCCGGCGCCUCCCGUGAGACCAGCCGUUUUGACAGCGACCUGCAGCUGGCCAUGGAGCUCUCCGCCAAAGAGCUGGAGGAGCACGAGCUGCGGCUGCGGGAGGAGGAGGCGGAGCUGCAGCAGGUCUUACAGCUGUCGCUCACCGAGAAGUAGUCCUUCCUGCCUCCCACUCAGAGGCUCUGUCCGCACGCGGGCCCAGGGACUGCGCCUCACACGAUGCAGCAUCGGACCCUGCUUUCCACAGAGGUGCGGGGCCAGGGCCCCCCGGGGCCACCCGCGACGCUCCCUGGUGAACGGACUGGCGGCCAGCGGCCCCAUCUCCAGGCUUGAGGGGAGGAGUGCGUCCUCACUUUCCAUAGCUGUACUGGCUUGCAGGUCACGUUUUUACUACCAGCUUUAGAUAAAAACCCAAUCCCCAAUCCCACCCCGCAGGUUUGUACAUUAAUUUUUAUCAAGGAGUGAUAACAAAACAAGUUCUUGCGGAGUCAGGGUGCUUUUAUAUACGAGAGCAGCAGCCUUUGCAGAGUGUGGUGUAUGAGAACUUGGGAGACACUUCUGUACAGUUCACCAAAGAAAUGGAUCAUUUGUGCCCUUCUGCUUUUCUAUUUUACCUUUCUACAGGGUUUCUAGGGCUCUGUCACUGUUCUACUCCGUCCCCACCUUAUUCCACUCCUUCCAUACCCAGCUAGAGAGGAGAUAAGUACAGGAUCUAUUUUACUUUAGGGUUAACUAUUUGCAUCAAAUUAAGAUAUACAGAUGCCAACAGAUGUUGCCUUAGCCUUAAAAAUUACUAAUGGUUUCAAACCACCUCACUCCACUUUGAGGGAUCUGAUUUGAAUUUGUAAAGGCAGUUCCUUUGAGAGCAGGAUCCUCCAGGCUAAAUCCAAGGCAGCUAAUCCUGGCCCUGGAGGAGCCGCUAGUAGAGCCCGAGGCUUGUUACUGAAGUGGGCAGGCUGACCAAAGGAUCACCAAACCAGGGGUGUGUUCCAGGCCGCCUCUGGUGAAGGGUCUCCAUGCAGAGGCCUAGGAAGACCUCACUACGUGCCCUGGGCGCACCUGAGAGGAAGGGGUGGGCUUGAAACUAGAAAGGGAGCUACAAACGGAACUCAGUGGCUCUGUGUUCAAAAGGGAAAAUGAUGAUUCUACGUUACUUUUUAGAGUUCAAAUCAACAUCUUUCUGGAUGAAUAUAUUUUUUAACAGAAUCUUUUUAUUAUUUUUAAAAGAUAUAAAAACGACUACUCCCAUCAGUAGCAAUACAAGGUUAUACAUUUUAACCAGAUUUUCUCAGGCCUUUUUUGGAUACCCUUAGUAGUUAACUAUUUUGUCUAACCCUUCUGUAAAUAACCACCGCACAACAUAGAGAACCUGGGGAAUACGGCCGAGGGCACCCUCACUCCAGCCCGGCCCAUGGAUUCAUUCCUACAGGCUGCACUGAAAUCACCUAGUAACAAUAUCCUCCUCCUCUGUUUUGCGUCCAUUUCCUGUCUGUUGCGCUGCUUUGGGGACGGGAAGGGAAACAGGAACUACCGUUCCAUUUAACGGCUGUAUAUACAGUUAGCGUUGCCAAUGAAACGUUCCCAAAGAAUUGUGCUUUUGAUUCCAUAUGACCAUCUGCCUUUCUUUUCAUGGUCUGACCAAAAUUCCUUCUCUGCACACGAGGCCAGUAUAUGCAGCAUCAUGUUUGUUUCAGAUACACAGUUAGCAUUUUGUUUACUUGGCGUUUACCUUGAGCCAAGAUACGUCUUGGGAAUGGCUGCAGUUAGGCCCCAUCGUUUACUCACUAAGGUGAACAGAGGUAAUCUCUGUUUGCAUUCCAUUGUUCUGCUUCCCCAUGUCUUUGACUUUCUCCCCAGGAGGUCAGUUAACAAGGGACUGAACUUUGUGUCACUGUCACAGCAGUUUUCGAUAUGUGUUCACUCUUAAAAUACAAAUAAAGACUGCUUCCUUAGAGGGUGCUCGUACAAUAUUCUAGACAGCCUUUGAGUCUUUUUUUCUCUUCACAUUUUUCUAGUCCCUUCCUGUUAUGUAUGUUACUGGAACAUUAGAAUUCCUCCCAGUCCUCGCUCGUGCGUGACAAAGGUGGCACAGUCCUCUCAGCGUCCUGCCCAAGUCACACGGUCCACACGGCCCGCACGCUAGUCCUUUCAAAUGGAAACUCCAAAGCCAGCAUUGGGCCGCUCUGAGUACCUCUGCAGCCCUGGAGAGGGACUGUCUCUUGUGGAGUGCUGGAAGCCAAGCCAACAUUAGAUCUCUCUAAUCUCAGUAAAUCUGCUGUCUCCUUUCUUGGAAGUUCAGGUGAUGAUUCAGCCUCCUGGACUUGCCGUACACCUGAAUAUGUUGGUAAUAAAACAAAAAAGGCAGUGACCAGUAAAAAAUGUUUGGGUUCCGGAAAUGAGGCCUUGGUAUU